CAUCAACAGUGAAUCUUCUAUUAUUCCAGAUCUUUCCACAACCUUCCUCGCUUCCUGUGGGCUACCUAAUAUCUCCUUUCCAAUUCUCUCCCCAAAAUUCCAUUAUUCAAUUAUUCAGAUUUCUCUGCGCGCUUUCUUCACUUCUCUGCUCUUUCGCUUGCUGCCAUGGCCUCUGAAGCUGAAACUCCUGAGAUUUCUUCUUUGUUUGAGCGACUCUUGAGGCACAGAGAUAUGUCUUUGUUUCUUCCCUUUAUUUUGGGUUUCACGGGUAACAUCUCCACGACAGAGAGUAAUCCUGAACACACAGAUCAAGAAACAAGUACGAAUUCGAGUGAGAGAAUUAUUCUAAUUAACCCUUUGACUCAAGGAAUGGUGGUGAUUGAAGGAACGUCAAGUUUGGAUUCUUUGAUGAGGAACUUAGCAUCCAAAGAUGGUCAACCGCCGGCUUCCAAGGCGUCUGUGGAGGCUAUGCGGAGUUUCAAGAUUGGUGAUAGUGAAGAUGAAAAAGAAGGGGAAGUGGGUGAGUGUGUAGUGUGUUUAGAAGAGUAUGAGGUUGGUGAGAUGGGGAAAGAGAUGCCAUGUAAGCAUAGGUUUCACGCUAAGUGUAUAGAGAAGUGGCUUGGGAUUCAUGGGUCGUGUCCUGUUUGUAGAUACAAGAUGCCUGUUGAUGAAGAUGAAAUUGGUUUCAAGAGAGAUGAGCAAAGGAGAGAGGUUUGGGUCAGCUUUUCUUUUAAUAGUGGUAGGAGAAGUGGGAAUUCUGAUCCUGAAUCUAAUCAAACUUCUCCUGCAGCAGAUUCUGAGUCUGCUGAUGUCUCUUCUUCCCCAAGUUCUAUGCCCGAUCAGGGAUCGGAAAAUUAAAUCAAUUUUUGUAAGAUAUUUAUAUAUAUAUAUUUUUUGUUUUCCACCUCUUCUAUAAUAUGUACAGCUAUAAUCUUGCAUAUGUUUAGAAAUAUUGGAUCGAUUUGUCGCA